AUGGCGCGUGCACGGGAUCCGCACGAUCCCUGCGGCGAGAGCUCGCCAUUCUGUGUCGUUUUGGGGGCCCAAUGGGGCGAUGAGGGCAAAGGCAAGCUUGUGGACAUCUUGGCGCAGGAUGUUCAGUUAUGUGCUCGUUUCAACGGUGGCGCAAACGCUGGCCACACGUUGAUUGUUGAUGGAAAGAAGUAUGCUUUCCAUCUAUUGCCAUGUGGUAUGAUCAACAAGGCAUGUAAAAAUCUGAUUGGGAACGGUGUGGUUGUGUCCCAGCCUCGGCACAACAGUCGCGAUGAUGUCGCGCUCAGCAGACGGUAG